AGGCGGCAGGUGUGCGGGGCGGGCUUUCUGUGGUGCGGCCGGCUGGCAGCUAUGGCGGCCGUUCGCGGCCUGCGAGUGUCUGUGAAGGCGGAGGCCCCGGCUGGGCCGGCCUUGGGGCUUCCGUCGCCCGAAGUGGACUCUGGCCUGGAGCGUGGCGAGCCGGAGCCCAUGGAGGUGGAGGAAGGCGAGCUGGAGAUCGUGCCGGUGCGGCGCUCGCUGAAGGAACUGCUCCCGGACACAAGUAGAAGAUAUGAAAACAAGGCUGGAAGCUUCAUCACUGGGAUUGAUGUUACCUCCAAGGAAGCAAUUGAAAAGAAGGAACAGCGAGCCAAGCGCUUCCACUUCCGAGCAGAAGUGAAUCUUGCCCAGAGAAAUGUAGCCUUGGACAGAGACAUGAUGAAGAAAGCAAUCCCCAAGGUGAGACUGGAGACAAUCUACAUUUGUGGAGUAGAUGAGAUGAGUACUCAGGAUAUCUUCUCCUAUUUUAAAGAAUAUCCUCCAGCUCACAUUGAGUGGUUGGAUGAUACCUCCUGUAAUGUGGUUUGGCUGGAUGAGAUGACAGCCACUCGAGCUCUCAUCAAUAUGAGCUCUCUGCCAGCCCAGGAUAAGAUAAGAAACAGAGACACCAGUGAAGACAAGCCAUCUGAGAAAAACAAGAAAGACAAGCAGGAAGACAGUUCAGAUGACGACGAGACUGAAGAAGGAGAAGUUGAAGAUGAGAAUUCAAGUGAUGUAGAGUUGGAUACGUUGUCUCAGGUAGAAGAAGAGUCUCUGUUAAGAAAUGAUCUUCGUCCAGCUAACAAACUUGCUAAAGGAAAUAGACUAUUCAUGAGAUUCGCUACAAAAGAUGACAAAAAGGAACUUGGAGCAGCCAGAAGAAGUCAGUAUUACAUGAAAUAUGGAAAUCCAAAUUAUGGAGGCAUGAAAGGAAUUCUUAGCAAUUCAUGGAAGCGAAGAUAUCAUUCCCGUCGCAUUCAGCGGGAUGUGAUCAAGAAGAGAGCCCUGAUUGGGGAUGACGUUGGCUUGACGUCGUAUAAACACCGACAUUCCGGAUUAGUGAACGUUCCUGAGGAGCCCAUUGAGGAAGAGGAAGAAGAGGAGGAGGAAGAGGACCAGGCCAUGGAUGCAGAUGACAGGGUCGUGCUGGAGUACCAUGAGGAGCUCCCCACUCUCAAGCAGUCCCGUGAGCGCAGCACGUCUAGGCGGUCCAGUGCAAGCAGCUCAGACUCAGAUGACAUGGACUAUGAUCUGGAAUUGAAAAUGAUUUCCACUCCCUCCCCAAAGAAAAGCAUGAAAAUGACUAUGUAUGCAGAUGAAGUGGAAUCUCAGUUGAAAAGUAUUAGGAAUUCCAUGAGGGCAGAUAGUAUAUCCACAAGCAAUAUAAAAAACCGAAUUGGUAACAAAUUGCCUCCUGAGAAAUUCUCAGAUGUCCGUCACCUCUUAGAUGAAAAGCGGCAGCACUCCUGUUCACGGCCAGCAGUGGGCAGUACUAAACCAGAUAUUCGCCAGCGGUUAGGAAAAAGACCGUAUUCUCCAGAAAAGGCUUUCAGUAGUAACCAGGUGGUUCGGAGAGAGCCCUCUUCGGAUGUACAUAGUAGGCUAGGUGUUCCCAGGCAAGAUGUCAAAGGCCUCUACUCUGAUACUCGGGAAAGGAAAUCAGGUGGUUUAUGGACUCGCUUAGGAUCUACAACCAAGACCAAAGAAAAGAAUACAAAGAAAGUGGAUCACAGGGCAUCUGGCACUGAGGAAGAUGACUCGGAGCUUCAGAGGGCAUGGGGUGCUCUGAUUAAGGAAAAAGAACAGUCUCGCCAGAAGAAGAGCCGGCUAGAUAGCUUGCCAUCGCUCCAGAUUGAAGUCAGCCGGGAAAGUAGCUCUGGUUCCGAGGCAGAGUCCUGAUGCCCCUGGCUUUGGCAGCUGCCCUCAUAUCUGACAUUCUUAUGUAGGGUAGGGUGGACAGUAGGGGCCUCCCUCGCCGGAGCUGGUGCCCUUCCCUUGUACCUGCGCCCUGAACAUUUGCUGUCCCAAUAGACAGCUUCAGAGUGUGAUGAGUGUUGAAGGGUGUCUCUGUCUUGUGCUGCAGAGUUUUAGUUCUGGACCCCCAAGUCUUUCUCCCACACCCUGCAAGCUUUACCCUUGGAGAAAAAGGCAACCCUCCAGAUUUUGUAGACAUUUUCUUAAUAUUUUUAACAUUGUCUUUUAAAAAAAAAAUGUUUUACACAGUUCAUCCAAAGAGCAGAGAACUGAACUUCUCACUGUUGCCUUGGCCCUGACAGCUCUUGCCAGCACCCAUUCCCAAGAAAAGUCAGUUCCCAGGUGCUUAUUGGACAGUCUUUGAGGGGGAAGAUGAGGGAAGCUGCCAGCUCGGCCUUCCAGGACUUUAGUGUUGGGGCUGAGUUUCACAGGCCUGGCCUGAGAUGUGUCCGUCCUCUCAGGUAGAUAGAACGGAGCAAUCAGCAGUGGCUUCCAGUCCUCCCUAGAGGAUUUCUGUUAGGUCCUCUUAUUGGCUGUCAGCCUCAUGUGAAGAUCAAGUUCAGUGCUGUGGGACUUCUAGGGACGAACAACUGUGACUUGGAUUUGGAAUUGAUUUCUGUGCUUAGGGGUGGGGUCUUGGGUUGAUGUUGAACAAUUUUUAAGUCUGUAUUAUGUUUAAAAACUAUUAAUGACUUAAAAGUUUAAAUUUUUAAUUUUUAUAUGUGGAUAUUCCUCCUGUUGGCUACAGGGAAAGCUCAAGUGGUGUCUUUUGUGUUGUUAAAUAUACAUUAUAUACUUUGGAAGAAGGCAAAGAGAGGAGUCUGAUUAUUUUGAGUGAUACUAAUUGUAUGGACUGUUGUAUUUGAAUUCAAUUGCUUUGUGGCCAGGAAAAAAACUGCUGUCCAUCUGUCAUGGGCUCUUGUUCAUUACUACUUUUCUAGAAGUAAUACCUUGAUAAUUCAUUCUUUCUGUCAAUGACUUCUCAAUGGAGACUUACUCAAAAGUAGCAAAUAAGAUAAUAGUUUCAGAAAUUUUAGUUUAUUUUUAAUCUCCUUUCAAAUUAUUUUACCAUGGGAAGGCAGUAGGUUAUUUGGCUUCUCAUCUGACUUUUACUUUGCAAUAUUUAAUACUGUAUUUCUCUACAGGCUUAAAAGUGGUGAUUCAUUUGAGCACAUUAGAGUCUUGGAGAUAGUGCUGAGCCUCUAUCCCUUUUGGAAGUCAAAUUCUUCACCUGCCCUGGAUUGUUCUGUACCCAGUGGAUCACAGAGGACUUGACUUGUGGGGGAGUGCGUGUCUCUUGAUGGCUGACUACACUGUGAAUGAGCCGUGUUGCAAGUAAAGAAGCAGAAGACUUAAGAGCUGAGUUGUAGUAAAACUGUAUUAUAUGUAGUAUUUGGUUACCUGCUCCUCCAAAACGGGAGCAUAUAACCAAAGUGGUUUGGCUUCCAAGGCUCCUAGAAAGAGGUAGUUCUUAUUUCUCUGUUAGUUCAGACCUAAGGCCUUCAAGGUUUUUAAGUUUCUCUUGCCCUGUGUAACUCACAGUCAGGUUCUUACAGGUUCAGGCUUUGGUAAAGGGCCUGAGAGCAGACCUGGAUGCCAGCCAGGGCUCUGGGCAGUGCAUGAGCCUUCGAGUAAAUAGUCUUGUGCCGUGUCUGGCCUUUUUGGUAUCUCUCGGUGGUGUUUUAUUCUUGAAGCUGUGGCUGCAUGUUUUCUGUUGAGGUGGCCAAAGUGUCAGGAGAGAGGGUAGCAUGACUUAACCCAUCCUUUUCAGGCUCUGGUUCUGCCAGUGCGUUGAAGAUGAGUGUGUGGGUCCCAUGUGACAUGGCUUCCUCAUGGUUUAGACACUCCCCUGCUUUCUUUUUGUUUUUUAGUUGCGACACUUCCCAUACAGCAAUUCAGGCCCAUUUGCCUAGGGGCCUUUGCAUAUGUGUCCAUCUCCUGCUAGAAAUGAGAGGAGGGCUUUAUGGAAGAUAGGCAGUAUGAUUUCAAAACUAGCUCCUUGAGCUGACCGUGAAAGAUGCCCACUUCAACAGCCUUGCUGUCCUUAGAGCACGGCGAGCCCAGAAAGGUAUGUACUGCAUAAACUGAUGGUCUUCCCAGCAUCUUUCUCCAGCAUUCGGAGCUGCUCAGGUCUCCAAUACCUUGAGCCCUGUGACAGUGACAGUGGAUAGUGAGAAUAGACCAGCAGGUACUGGGGCAUAUUUUAUCCAGGGCACUUUCCAUACAUGUGGGGUUAGUCUUCACACGCUGCUUAUAAUAAUGGCAGAGAUUUCAUCUUUGUUUCUGACUCUCCCUCUGUAGAGGGGCCAGACAGCCUCUGGCCUAACUCCAUGAAUCCUACCCUGCUUCUAUCCCUGCUCUGUGAAGCAGACUCUUUUGAGUCUCCCUCUCGCUUACGAGAUUAUUUAUAUAGUGUGCAUAUCACCUGUUUAAAGUGCACACACAUUUCAGUGCAUUGUUGGCUGUUUACAGAGUUGUGCAGUCAUUAUCAUAUAUAAUCAGUUUUAGACCGUUCUUGUCACCAAAAACAUCCUGUUCCCACAAGCAAUCAUCCUUCAUUCUUACCUCUCCUAGUACCUGGCAACAACUAAUAUUUCUGUCCUUAUGGAUUUGCCUAUAGUGGAAAUUUCAUAAAUGCCGUAUGCUAUGUGUCUGUUUAUAUAAGGUUCAUCCAUGAUAUGGUAAAUAUCAUUUCAAGUCUCGUGUGUUUGUGUGUGUGUGUGUGUUUAAUCAGGUUUUCAAUCUGUAGCCCUGGCUACCCUUGAGCUCCCUGUCUAGACCAGGAUGGCCUUGAAUUCACAGAUUGUCUUUCUCUGCUUCCCAAGUGCUAGGAUUAAAGAUGUGUGACACUGUGUCUGCCAGUGAUUUUUGUUUUGUUUCAGUUUUUUAAAUUGUCUAUGUAUUUACUGUUCAUUUCAUGGGCAUUCUGUGAUUUCUAGUGUGAGACUAUAAAUAUUUGUGUGCAGCUCCCCUUCCUGGACAUGUAUUUUCAUUCUUAAAUGUAAGAAUGGAAUAUGUAGGUCGUGUGGUAGCUCUGAUCUUUAUUUAGUCCUUAGAGGAAUUGCCAAGUUGUGUUCCCAUGGAAUGUAUCAGGAUUCUGGCUUACCACACUGUCUUCACCAAUACUUAUUUUCCAGUGUGAAGUGGUGUUUCAUUGUGUAUGUGCUGUGUUUUAUUUUGUUGCAGUGCAGGGGACCAAAUCCAGGACCUUGUACAUGUAGGCAAGCUCUGUGCCAUGGAGCUAUAUCCCCAGUCCCUGACUUAUUCUGAGUUACAGUUUCCUAAUGACUGUUGGCCAUUAUUUCUUCCUCCUUUGUCUUUGUCUUUAUGUGUGUGUGUGUAUGUGUGUGUGUGUGUGUAUGUGUGUGUGUGUGUGUAUGUGUGUGUGUGUGUGUGUGUGUGUGUGUGUGUGUGUGUGUGGUUUUGAGACAGGCACAUAAGUGUUGGGCAUUUUUUUUAAACAUAGGAUUUCUCUGUGUAGCCCUGGCUGUCCUGGAACUCACUCUGUAGAUCAGGCUAGCUUCAGAGAUCUGCCUGCCUCUGCCUCCUCAGUGCUGGUAUUAAAGGCAUACACUAUUAUGCCUGGCUAUGUUGGCUAUAUUUUCAUGUGGUUUGCUUUUUUGUUUCAAGACAGGUUUCCUCUGUUGUAGCCUUGGCUGUCCUGGAUUCGCUUUAUAGACAGACUGGCCUCAAACUCAGAGAUCCUCCUGCCCCUUGACUCCCUGAGUGCUGGGAUUAUAGGUGUAUGACACCACGCUGGCUAUAUUUUCAUGUGUAACAAUAUCAGUCUGAUCUUAUUACUAUGCUUAAAACCUUUGCAGAACUUUAUCAUCACUUUGGGAAUAAAAUUCCAAACUACUUUGAUAGCCUAUGGAGCUGGUCAGGACAUAGGCUCUGGCAGUUUCUGCAGACUGUUCUCUUUUCUCCCUUGCUCUUUAUCUACUAGUUCCUGUAUCCCUCCUGAUCUCACUGUCUUUCCAGACUUCACAGUGCAUGCCUUCAGGCCCAUCUCUGCCCUGCCUUCUUUAUUUCUCUAAUGAACAAGGUUUUAAGAGACGCUCCUCAGUACUGGAUUCCUUGUGUCUAUGUCUUUUUUAUUGCCAUAAAGGAAUCUUAGCUGACUCUGGUUAGAUUGUAAGUCAAUGUCUGAGUUAAAAAUUGAGUUAUCAAAAUACUUCUUGGAAAUCCCAAGGCAGGUGCCUGCCCCAGUGAAGACCAACAGCAUGAGGUUCUUGUGGUCAGUUCUUACCUUUUGGGGAAAGGGUCACUCUUUCUUUGUUUGGGCGCUAGGUGAAGUAGUGGGGCAUGCAGGUAGGACCAUGUCAUGACAAUGCCCUCUUAUUUUGGUGUCAGAACCACUCAGUGAGGUCACUUGUAAGAAGCUUGGGAACUUGAGCCAAAGGAACAACAGCCAAAGGACAAAGGCUGUUCAGCUUGUCUGGGCUUGCUGUUGGGAGGGUGGAGCUAGUGUGGCUCCAUCACCUUGCAACUGUGGGGUUUUUUUUGUUUUUCGUUUUGCUUUUCAGAUAAGUGCUUCAUGUUUAAUCUUGUAACUCAUGUAAUGCAAACCACAUGCCCCCAGCACACCUCAUUGGACUCUCAUUUCCUAUUCCUGGUUGAUAUGUUUGCUAAGUUGUAAGCUCAAGAGAGCUUGGACCAUGUUUGGCUUGUGCAUUGGUCUUUUUCCAUACUUAUUAUCAUUGUGACCCAGCAGGUCCUCCGUGAACAUUUGUGAGAGCAUAAACCCCGGCCAGAACAGCUUUGCCCUCUGAGGCCCCGUGCCUUCUACAGGCAGGCCAGUCCUCGGUUUUCUGCCAUGUAUAUGCAAUGCCUUGUUUUCAUGUUUUGUUCUUGUCCCUUCCAGCCUGUGCGCUCCUAAGGAGCAGGUGUCUUCAUGUUGUUUUGUCUAUAGCACUGAGCCAGGCCAGACCACUGUAAGUAGUGCUUCAGAAGUUUUGGGGAAGUGAAUGAAUUGUGACAACUUAGCUCGCACACCAUUCUGUGCAGGCAUUUUGAUUGUAGCUGAGCCCACCAGAUGCAAAUGGGAAAGAAUAUUCAUUGGUGUUUAUCAUGUAUGCAGUAAGGAAAAAUUCUUAUUAAGUAGGUGUCAGAAAAUGUCAGAAUUUGAUGAUCUGCCAUGUUUGAGCUAGAACUCAUCCAGCUCUAGAAAGUUGCUAGGAAAUCAUUUUGUUUUUCAGGCUCAGGGGUAGUUUUAUUAUAAAUACCAAGCAGGUUGUAAAUCCUAGCAGAUGGCAAGGAGAAGGAAACCAAAAAAGGUCACAUUGCUUAAGUUGAGCUGACUUGGACAUCAGCAUGUCAUGGUCAGGAGUAGGCUUUAGAGAAGGAAUAAGAAAGUCCAUAGUACCAGGAAGAGCAUGCCUGGGUCUGACCAGUAUCUGAAAGAAAAAGGAUUACAGUUCCUUAACUGUGGUUUCAGAGACUUGUGAGCCAGGAUCCAGCUCUAGCCUAGAUCCACCACAAGAGCAGCUAUUUCUCUUAGUGUCCCUGAGCCAUUUCUCCUGUCCUAAAAUUAUAUUACUCAUCUGUCCUAGGGUGGCAGGAUAGAGGUGUUAGAUAAAUAAGAGGCUCCGAAGAUGGACCACUGACCCAGUGUUUAGCUCCUGGUCCUGUUGGGGUGAGUGACAGCAACCCAGAAGAAGAGGCCAGAAGUAACUAACUGCCUGCCAGCAGCUAAUGUUCAGCCUGAAAAUGCGUUCCUUCCUGCUCUCAGGGUACUGUCAGUGCUGCAAUGCCAGUAUGCGCUUCGGGUAGGCAGUGCCAAGUGUUGCUUUAAUGGCCAUACCAAGAAGUUUGUUUCCUAAGUCUGCUUGCAAACCUUAUAUAAUAAGAUGUAACUCAGAACCUGAGCCUUUUCCUCCCUUUUUAAAUACAAGAGCUCAAAGAAGAAAAUAUAUUUCUGGUAAUUUGAGAAUAGUACUUUUGCUUCAAGACAGAUUGUAAACUGCAUAAUGUGACUACAGCAAAUGCCUAGAACUUCUCCUAUGUUUAUAUGGCAGAUUUUAGCAGAAAGAGUAAUAGUCCCAACUCCUCCGAAACCCUUUAAGCACUUCACAGAACUUUGAUGUUUCUGGAAGCAGUCAGGGAAAUGCUGCCUCAGAAGCCUGUUUCAAACGGUCUUGUUGCACAAGCUGGCUUGGCCUGGAGCCCUGACUACUCUAAAGCUCUCAGUCCUACAUCGAUUUCCCAAACACUGGGAUUACAUAUUUGCCAUGGCACUAUAAACUUUUUCUUUAGAAAUAAUUUCAAAAGCCCAGGAGCAUCAAGGGUAGAACAAAGACUUUUUUCUAUAUUUUACCAUUCAGCAUGCUAAAGCAUGUUGUAAAGCAUGGAAAUGGUCUUUUCCUGUGCUGGUGAUGAACUCCAGAGUGUGGAUGGUACUCAGUUUACCAAAGUCACUAGCUUGCCCAGAAGUCUCUGUGUAAGCUGUCCCAGAGGCCUCUGAGUGCUCAGACUCUUUAGUAGUUGAGACUCUGUAUGACCUCAGAUACCUCUAUCUCUGGACCAGUGAGAGCAAGAGCCUCACACGAUUAACAGAAACAGCCUCGCCCUAUCCUAGCGCUGGAUCCAGUGACCUGUUCCUUUUCUGCUUAUGUACAGAAGUUCUCCUGAGGGCCAUGAGCAGUUGGCAGCAACCUCAGCUCAGGUUGAAUGUCUUUUUGAGGAAAGGCAAAGAGAGUGAUGGCUGGAGCAGAGGUAGGUCUUAGGACUCAUUCUCACGUUCACCACUGGAAAAUGGAACACAUCCCUUUCUCUCUGGGCCGUAGUUCCUUUGUCCAUGAAAUGGAGGCCUCACAACGAGAUGACAAGUGUUUUUCCUGCAUACACUGAGCUGGGAUGGGAGGGGCUGCUGCUGCUGUGCUCUUCAAGGAGGUGUGGUUAGCAAGAGACCUGCCUGAUCCCACAGCCAGUGCAGCCUUCUCCCUCCCUACUCUGUCAUGAAGGGACCAGAAGGACCAGUGAGAUGGCUCAGUGGGUAAAGGCUUGCGAGCCUGAGUUUAUUCCCUCGGCUCUACAUGACGAAAAGGAAGACCUCUGCAGGUUAGCCGUUGACCUCCACACAUGCACUGACAUGCCCGUGUGUGCGUGCAUGCAGGUAUACACAAACAUGGUUCAGUCUUUCAUUUGAGAACUAUUUGGGGUCGCCUAAGGCGCCAGUUUGCUUAGGCAGCCAUGGCAAGAUACCCAGAAUGGAUGGUUUGAACAACAGACAUUUAUUUUCUCUCAGACCUAGAAGCUACAAGUCUAAGAGGGUCCCAGCGUGGAGAGAGUCCUGUCUUUGGCUUGUUUGCAUGGCCUUUUUCCUCCAUGUGUACCUGUGGACCUUCUCAUAGCAAUAACCCUGUGCCGUUAGGUCUGGGACCUACCCUUUUGACCUCUUAAACCUAAUGACUUCUUCAAAGCCAAGUUUCUAAGUCUAGUCACAUUGAGGUUUGGAAUUUGAAUACAGGAAUUUGGAGGUGAACAUUGUCCAGCCGUUAGCACCUGGGAACGGACAGGUGCAGGUCUGUCUUUGUGCUUUUUAAACGCUCAAAAACUCAUGAUCUGAAGAGAAAAGGGUUUUAGUUCAGGGUCAUGGUUCUGGAGGAGACAGUCAUGUCUGCCUCUCAGUUCAGCAACUUAUCCAUGUGACCUUGGGCUCAGUCCUUAGCCUCCCUCUGAUGUCAGCACCAUUAGACAUGACAUGACACUGCUCUCCGAUAAAGGCACUUCUAGGUGGCCUUGGCUCUGCCUGUUCCUGACUCCCUGUGGUCCUCAUCUUCAGAUGUACUCUUCCCAGCUUCUUGAGUAAAGGCUGGCUGUGAUUGGAACCACUUCUGUCUGGAGACUUGCAGGAAAGCCCCCUCCACUGUUGUAUGUGUCACGCUUCCUGCUUGCUUGCAACUCAGGACAGUACCUGGCCUCCUAGUGCACACUUCUCUCUCCCUGAAUAUGUAUCAAACUUCCCUUUGGGGAGCGGUAGGAAGGGGAGACAGCUUGUUACACAAGCUGGCCUGGUCUAGAUCCCUGACUAGUCUAGAGCUCUCAGUCCUACAUCAGCCUCCCAAACACUGGGAGUAGAGGUUUGCCGUGGCUCUGUAAACUCAUAGUAGCACUGAAGAUAGAACAAAGAACUUUUUUCUCUCUAUAUUUUUUACCAUUCAGUCUUUUCCCUUGCACCUUUUCCUCAUCCCCAAACUACUUGAAGUAUUUUGCACUGCAUUCCACUUUACCAUCGCCAUGCUUUGUGCUGUGUCCAUAAGAUAUUACCAACUUUAGAAAUAUGUAGUGUCUGGUCAGUAUAAUAAUUGCUCAUUUGUAGUUCAGGCUUCUGGCUGUUCAGUAAUGCUGUUUCAAGCCUUUCUCACCACCCCCAAUCCAAGAUCUAAUCUGGCAUCAAGUAGUAACCUGCCUUUGUUCUGUACCUGGAGCGUGUCCUCAGCCUUUCUCUUGUCUUUUAUGACAUGGAUGUUUUGGAAGGUUAUGGUCUAGUCAGUGAUACAAGAUUGGCAUUCAAGUUGACUCUUUGAAGUAAGUAUUGGCCAAAAUUCCAGCCUAGGGCUGGGUGCUGUGAGAGAAGAACAGAAGAGGAGACAGCGAAGCCACUAACAUGGGGCCUGAAGCUCCGGUUUGUGAGAGAACAUUAGUGUCGGAUGGGCUAGGAGUCCCCUCUGCAAGUCAUAACUUCUGGCAUUGACAAUCUUUGGUGGAUGCAGUUGACACUAGAGUCCUAUAGAGAUGCAGAAAAUACCCCUGCUUCCUCAGCCAUCUGCUUUGCUGGCCUCCUGUGGUGCCUGGGGUUCACACUCAACAGUCUUGCUCCUACGUGAGCUGCCAUCUUGGGCUCCUACCCUAUCAAAGGUGUGCUUUGUGAUGGCAGAGUGCCCCUUUCUUCCUGUGGGCCAGGGCUGGGAGCAUCCUUGAGUGACUCUACCUUUGGAUUCAGGAGCAGUAAUGAGAAGAUGGGCUGGCUGCUGGUGCCACUGUGGCUUGUGACAGGUCUGUCCAGCAGCCUUAGGGUGCUCUGCACUAUGAUGUAUGUCAUCAACCCUGAAACUCUGCUUUUCUAGCUGCUAAUGUGUUGUGCAGAGGGAAGUGGUGAAUUGUAAUCUCUUUUCGAAUAAUUCCAGAAGAUCUAGUCAAAUGUCAAACCAAAGCUGACAGUGUGGAAACGUUUGAAGUGUCAUUGAAUCUUCACAGAAUUUUGGCUAAAUAAGUUUUCCCUGUGAAAAACAAAAUAAAAUUGAUUUUCCUAUAGUCA